AUGGAGAGAUAUAAAGUGCUGGACCUGAUUGGAGAAGGCAGCUUCGGACGGGUCUACCGUGGUCGUCUGCGCUACACUGGUCAAUCCGUCGCCUUGAAGUUCAUCUCUAAGACGGGCAGAAGCGAAAAGGAGAUCAACAAUCUUAAACGUGAACUCGAAAUUAUGAAAACGAUCAAGCACCCAAACAUAAUCUGCAUGCACGACAGCUUCGAGACGGAGAACGAGGUGGUCGUUGUGAUGGAGCACGCAGAGGGCGAGCUCUUUCAAGUGCUUGAAGACGAUGGGAAGCUGGACGAAGGGAUCAUUCAGACGAUUGCCUGCCAGCUGGUCUCGGCGCUUUACUACCUGCACUCGAACCGGAUUCUGCACCGAGACAUGAAGCCACAGAACAUUUUGAUUGGGGACGCCGCUCUACAUGGCUCCGGAACUAGUCCAGGAAAAGCCGUACGACCACACGGCCGAUCUCUGGUCGCUCGGCUGCAUUCUCUACGAGCUCUUCGCCGGGCAGCCGCCUUUUACACCACCUCCAUCUUCCAGCUCGUUUCUCUCAUCAUCCAAGAGGAAAUCCACUGGCCGGGCGACAUGUCCUCUGAGCUUACCAGUUUCCUCAAAGGAAUUCUCACCAAAGACCCAAAGAAGCGGCUCGGCUGGCCGCAUUUACUCAACCACCCGUUUGUACGCCAGGGAGUGAAGAUAAUCGGCUCGAGAUCGGAACAGCCGCUCACUGAGAUCUUGUCCGACGAUCAGCUACGCAAGAAGGAAGAGCAGUCGAAGCGAAUGGCCUCGGCGAAGAAGCCCGGCUCCAAGCUGCUGGCGAAGGCGCGGGCGCAGAUGGAAGAAAGGAAGAAGAAAGCCGAGCGAGAAAAUAUUCCGCCUGUUGCACCGAUCCCCUCUGCUGGGCCACGAGAGAGCGUGAGGACGAACUUUUCGUUGAAAGCGAGCGUCAAAGAGUCCGUAAAGCUGCCGAAGAUAGAACGCAACUCGAGCUCAAUCACGGCGUCUUCAAUCCAGCCUGUCGAGAAGGAACUGACCCAGAUUUCGAGAGAUUUCAAACACGAAAUCGUGGACGCGCCGAAACGAGUUCGAAGCGCCAAAAACCGAGCUGGGCGCUCAAUGAGCCGUUCUCUUCAAGAAUCAAUUGCUGACGCUGGAACAACGAGCAGGUGGGAGGAGUUGGCGGAAAUGACGAACCCAGACGCUGUGGAAAGCUUCACGACGCCAGUUAAUCUUCUCCAAGAUGGAGAUUUCGUUUGCGAGUUCAAAAAGCGCCUUUUGGAGUGCUUCACGCACGCACAGAACGAGUUCCCAGAGAAAGAAAAAGUCAACGGAAAAGAAUUGUGCUACGUUUUGCGCACCUUCACGAAUUUGGCAGUUCUCGGCGCGGAAAUCGACGUUCUCCGCAAAAUCGAGCUAGAAACGCAUCUUUUCGAAAGCGUGAUUCAACGUUUGCGCUUCUUUGUGCAAGGAGACAAAAUCGAAGAAAACGCGGCAGUCAUAUCGGAGCUUUUUGCGUUUUCUUGCACCUUCAUGACUUCAGAUCUUGGCGGCAGCAGCGCAGACGAAGAUUUAAGUCGAUUCUCUACCUUUGUGAAUGAUCUUCAUCCGCUGCUAGACCCAUUUAUCGAAAGCUGCAGCCCCAAUCUGCACAAAGACUGCGACAUUCCGGCUCAGGCAGUGACGACCUUGCUCGUCAUUUGCGAGAUAUACGAUUCGACAGACAUCCAGCCAUAUUUGGACAAUUUGUUCGAGUCCUUUUCCAGACGAAAAAUCUGCGCCAAGAUUUUAAAUCGCGCCUUGAGCGCUUCUCAAAGUAACAGCGAUGCAAGCUUAUAUCUACAAUGCUUGGGCGUGAUCCUUCGACUUCCGGUGCAUGAGACUGAGCAAACGGCCUCCUCCGACAAAGAACAAAUCGCGGACGAGUGUAUUUGCGAAAUGUUCUCGACUCAAGCGUGGAAACACUUCCUCAAGAAGGAACUCAACGAGCCAAGCAGCUUACGCAGCGCUUUGAACUUGCUUUAUCCGAUGAUGCUGAGAAGUAGCUUUCCACAGGAAGGAGUCGUCGCCGUUGUUGGAGAAUUGGGACUGCUGAUGAAGAUUAUCGCUGGACAAGAGGAAAUCGAAAUUGAUUUAGAAGACGAGGCGCUCUUUGAAAUGUUCGAAAUCGGAUUCUACAUUAUGUUCAUCGCGGCGCGGAAAGAGAAAGAAGUCCUCAUUUCUUCCGUCGCCGGCAAUUUCCUGGCAGCAGAGCACAUCGAGUACAAAGACAUCUUCAGGCAAGUGAUGUCCAGUCCGCCAACGCCUACUGUAGGACUGGCCGCUCUCAUCGCCGCCAUCGAGCUAGAAAUCUAUUUGCCGAUUCAGGAAAUUAGAAGCUCUUGCACUCGUUGCUUGGCUGAUCUGACAAUCAUUGUGAAUCGCCCGCCUCGGGGCAUUUUAGACGGCGUUGUCCGAAAUCUGGAGCAUUCUAUUCGCUCCUGCGCGCUCUCGGACCUAAUUUCAAUCGUCACUGAUGAACCUAUUUUCACUCUUCUCUGGCAUCGAGCUGCACAUCUUCUGGCUCUUCAUAUCAAUGACGGCGAACAAAAGAUCCAAUGGGUUUUGUUUUCGCCUUCUGGGCUUUGCGAUUUGAUUUCGCUUUCGAUGGCGAUUUUCAGCAGAGAGCCGUAUUGCUGCAUCCAGUACUUAGCGGACAGCGAGUCCGUCCUCAUUCUCACAAUCGCAAAGCUUCUUUGCCAACAAACACAGGAGCAAAUUCGCAUGGCGUCUUCUUCCGCCUCGGAGCAGAUUUUGCGAAACUGCAUCACUCUGCUCUCGCUCGUCUUCGCUCUCGACCUUGACGACGCAACGAAAGCGGCGAUUCAACAGUGCUACACUCACUUCGACUUCUUGAGCCUGAUCCUGCGCUACUUCAAAGAGAACAACGACAAUCUCAAGAUUUCCGAAGCUGCUCUCGGCUUCAUUACUCGAUCAGUGCUGCAGAACCCGAUCCACUCGACUGAUAUUCAAGCUCUUUUGCCAGAGUACAACGGCGAGAUUAAUUCAGCCAUCGCGAGCUCCAAUCCCGUCGUUGCCGCGGACGCGCUCACCCUCGUUCACCAGUUUCUUUUAAUGGGGAAAAGCGAGCUAGCGCUGAAACUCGUCUCUGAUCCCGACCCAACUGUUCUGAAGAAGUCUUUGCAAUUCGGGAGCACAAAUACAAAACUGAAAGCGUCGCUGGUCGCCUCGCAGCUCAUUCUCAAACAGCGCGGAGCGGACAACCUCGAUCUCUACGAUUCAGUUUCUGCGCUCUCGAACGAUGCAGACGAAAAUGUGAGGAGAAACGCCACUCUGUUCCUUUCAAAUUUGAUCUACUUCAAAGUUCCGCCCCACUUCGAUGAAGUCUUAACGAAUUUGGUUCGCCAAAUCGAUUCGAAAAACCCCAAACUUCGGCUGCAAGCGCUCGAAGCUCUCUCACACAUUCCUCAGCACGGAGAAGAGUUCAUCUUGAAGAUGAAGAAGGCCGCUGUUUUCCAGAGAAUAAACAAACUCAUCAUCUCUGAACCUUCCCCCGCCGUCCUCCAGCCACUGAUCCAACGCGUGCUGCGCAAGUUGUGCACGUUCACAUCAAUUCGUAGCCACCUUGUGGCGAUCGGCCUGCUCUCGCAGCUGCACACACUGGCGGAGCGCAACGCCGGCGCCUCCUCCUCCGACCUGCCACGAAACCAGAAAUUCCAUGCCCAGAUCCUGCGAAUUGUUCAAAUCCUCCGCCCGUGA